GCCAGGUCUAAAAAGAUCAUGUGUUGUACUGCUACGCGUUAGUGUCACUACAUGUUAGUAUUGCUACGCGUUAGUAUAGACACAUGUUACACAGUCACACGUUAUAUCGCCACGUGUUAUAUUGCCACAUACCGAAGAGUCAUUGCUACGCCUUAUUGUUACGUUUCGGUGUCACUACCUAUUAGUAUUGCUACGCGUUAAUAUUGAUAAUAUUGUUAUACAGUCACUCGUUAUAUCGCCGCGCGUUAUAUUACCGCGUAUGAAAUGGUCAUGUGUUGUAUUGUUACGCGUUGGUGUCAUUACAUUUUAGUGCUGCUACACAUUAAUAUUGAUACAUAGUACACAGUCACACGUUAUAUUGCCACGUGUAGAAGGGUCAUGUAUCAUAUUAUCACGAAUUAGUAUGACUAAAUGGAAAAAGAAUGAUAAAUGAUGAAAAAAUUACAAAGAAUGAUAAACCAUGACAAAAUUAUAAAGAAUGACAAAUUGAGUCUAUUAUGAGAACAUGUAUAAUAAACGAGCAAUCAUUUAACUGGCCUUCAAUUAGAACAUAUACAUCCUCAACACCAAUGUUUUAUAAAGAAAAAAAAUAAGAAUGUUAUAGUAAUAGUAUGAAAGAGUCAGUAUGAAACGAUUCAUCUCGAGCGUGUUAAUAAUUUCAUCAGCCCAGUAAUAUCACUGGAACAACCGUCGAAGCUACUCGCUUCUCUUCAGCUGACCAAUUUCAUCCGAGAUCAGGGAUUAACGAAAGUACAGGACGUGGUCGGUCGUCGCAGACGCGUAUCGUGGUAUAAGCUUGUUUGUGACGUUGGAAGACGUCAUUGGAAGAUAAGAGGUUCAUUAUCUUGGUAGCGAGGGGAGAUGGUAAGCAUAAUGAUUUCCGACGAUACUUCUCGUUCGUUACUCGCGACCGGCUCGUCGUCGCGACGCGUGCAUCGUUUUAAAAAAGGUUAACGAUAAACACCGUUUUAUCGCCAGCGAUUUCACGCGCGUUCGAGUUUAUAAUCCCAGUCGAAAAUCAGUGUCUUCGAUUUUCGGUGUCUUAAAAAUCGUAUCGCAGUUCUUUAUAUGAAGUUUCAAGUGACAUGCAGCUAUACGUGUAAAUGUUUGUGUACAAAAAAAUACUCGGUUGAAUGAACUCAAAGAACUCGAUUAAAAAAGAUCAUUUUAAUUCAACUAAAAUAACUCAAUCUAAAGAACACAGUUUAAACGCAAUUUAAGAGACUCAGUGUAAAGAAUCCAAUUUAAAGAACUAAGGUCAACGAACUCAGCUCAGAAAAUACAGUUUAUAGAACCCCGUUUGAAGGUGGUAUUAAAAAGUGAAUGCUAUCGUAAAUAUCUAAUAUCGAAGUCGAAAGAAGUUUUUAGGAAUUGGUUGCAAGGUUUCUUCGUCAUUUAUGUUGACCGAAGAAAGUUAUCAGCGUUCCAAUUCCAGCAAGAUAGGCAAGAUAGCAUUCCAGAAGGUUGGAUUCGAAGUUCCACUUUCAUGCAAGUAUUUGAAAAACUUGUGAACUGGUGAUAACUUUAUACGACGAGGAUCAUCGACGAUGGUGGAUUUGCAAGAAGUCGAUUCCACAUUUUCCACCAUGAAGUCCCACGAGGCCUGGGAACAAAGCAUCGAGUACAUCGAGCAUCAUCUAAUCCCGGAAAUGGUCCACGAUCGUUGCUUCUGUCCAACGAAUUCCAGGGAGUUCGUCGAGCUGGAGUCAGCGGUGGUACGUCUAGACGAAGUGAGUCGAACCAGCGAGAUUUAUCGCGCGACGGUAGUCGUUCUGUUCUCCGGUGAGCCCUGCACUUUCUCCCUGCUGGUGAAGCUGCUUCCCGAAGGAAUGGAGCAGGACUCGACCGCGUUCAGCGCGUUCCAGAACGAGGAGAUGUUCUACUCGAAGAUGACCCUCAAGUACGGGACCGAUUUCAUCCCCAAGUGUUACCUGGCUGAUUUGGGUAGAUACGGCAGACCCGUGCUCGUCUUCGAGGACCUCGAAGCGGCUGGUUACUCGCAGGUGGACGGCGAACUGGACGACGAUCACUUGAAACUCUGUGCCAAGGUUUUGGGGAAGUUUCAUGCUGCCGGGUUGAGGUUAAAGGCGACGGAACCGGACAUCUUCAGAGAAUUUCAGGCGAAAUUGCUGGAGAUUGUUCUUAACGAGGAGACCAUCGAGCGGUACGAGAAGAGAUCGACCAGGAUGACAGACAUUCUCGAAUCGAUGCCGAAUUCGCGAUUAGCAGAGGACGUAAAGCGAAGGUUAGACAACAGCCCGAUGGAGAUGCUGAAAAACGUGAUUGGGGACGUGAACGACGUGUCUACGAUAUGUCACGGUCAUUUUUCGCACGAUAAUCUGCUGUUCAAAUACCAGAACGGGAAACCGAUCGACGCGAAGGUGAUCGACUGGCAAACAAUGAGAUAUUGUUCACCGGCUGUCGAUCUAGGACCCAUUCUACUGUAUAACACGAGCCACGAGCACGGGCCUACGAAGGUUCGAGAAAUUUUGACGUUAUACGUCGACACCGUGAAAUCCGAAUAUUCGGACGUAUCCAGCGAAAAAUUGAGAGAAGAAAUUGUGGACAAAUUUGUCUUCGUGUGCUUCGUUCUGUCUCUGCAGGAGCAUAUCACCGAUAACGAACUCACGCGAAUCUUGUUGCUGGUCGAACAAUUGUACGAUUCCGACUGAACGAUUUUUAUUUACUUUCUAUAAGAUCAAUAGACUGCGUGUCGUUUUUAUCGACUUUUCACUGGUUGUGAAUGAUAGAAAUAUUCUCGAGGAAUUGUUUUAUAUGAUAUUGGUUUUGAGAGAAGUUUGAAAGAGGUUACAGAUUUUUUUUUAGACGAUCAUGUGUUUAGACAGAUUGUAUCAUGAAGUGUUGUAUUGCGAGAGGUUGUAUUGUCAGCUAUGGGUUGUGUUCUCUUGUCAUUAUGAUACACGUGUUGUAUCUACAUAUAUUGGUACGUUGUAUCUGUAUGUACUGUAUGAUCACGUAUUUUAUAUUACCAUUGUAUCUCUAUGCAUUAUACUGCUAUUGCGUUGUAUAUUGGCAUACGUUAUAUCGCCACGUGCUGUAUAUUGCGAUACAUAUUGGCAUACGUUAUAUUGACACAUGUAUAUUGCGAUACGUUACAUAUUGACACGCGCUAUAUUGUCGCGUGCUAUAUCUUCACGUGUUAUAUUCUCAUGUUUUAAAUAGCCAGGAUUUCCAUAGACCAUGUAUUACUUCACCACGCAUUCUAUAACCCAGCGACGUGUCGUGCUAUAUCAUUAAGCAUAAUAUACUACCACAAGUUAUAUGACUAAGCGAUAAACAAAAAAUGAUAAUAAAAACAUGUACAACAACUCAAACAUCAAAUUAUCUAAAUUAUAGUCCCCUUUGUAAAUUUGUAUAUAUUUCACGAUUUGAACAUUCGAUAAAUUUAAAGACAUGAAAGUUCAGAAACAUAAAUAUGUUCAGUAUAAAUAGUCCAAAAACUUGUCAAGUAUACCUUCAAAGAAAGUCCACUGAGUACAGCAUUCUGUAUCGGCGUUGUUUCGUGAAACGUUACUUCGUACCACAAGUAAUGCAUCGAAUGAAAAAUGCAGUUCGAGCACGGUGUUUCGGGCAUAGAUUUAUGAACACGCGGUCGACGCAUUCGUUAUCCGGAAUCAAACGGUUCGCUUACUCGUUCCUUUCGUUCCGAACUUACUCGCAGUCUUUUACAACGACCAUAGACGCCAAGAGUUUAUCGCUCUCGUGAUUUCCCGUGAAAUGUAUCAUCUAACGAAUAGAGUCUAAACCCUGCCACCGGAAAUGAGAAACGACACCGGGCUACGGACACUUCUGAUGUUUAAUUCAGAUAUCAAGCAAACAAAUCGUAUAUGGCCGAAUUUCUUCCUUCAGUUCGUUUCCGUUCUCGGUUUACCUCGACGUUUCUGUUACUCUUCUGGAGCUGAAACGUUCAUAGUUCGCUAAAUCGUGUUCGGGGAACAAUGUAAUCGUGAUACGAGAUGACGAGGUAUAUUUAUAUCAUACAAGUGCAACAUAUUAAUAUAUUCUCACGGGGUUGAUUUGUUUCAUUCAAAUUUUUGAUUCGAGGUUUAUGUUCAAUGAUACUUUGCUUAGUGAACAAUCAUUGAAUAUAAAAUUGAGUUACGUUAACUUUCUGUAUUUGUUUUAACCCCUUAUCCUGCGAGAUGUGAUGCACACAUGUGACGCACACUAUGGAAUGUGAUAAACCAGUAUUUUCAUUGCAAUUGGAGUUUGGUCCAAUUUUAAUUAUAAUCUGUAUCAUCAAGGAUUACUGAAGGUAAAAUAUGUCUAACAUUUUAACAUUCUUUAGUUGUCUUAAUGUUGUACUAAUAAUUAGGUAGCAACUGCCUUGAAAAUUAUAGAUUAAGUCAAUAUUGUGUUCAUAUGUGUAUAUGAAGCUUGACUGACACAUUUAACAAAUAAAUCAUAUGACAAGGUGUUGCUAACACUUUUGAAUAUCUUCGAAUUUCGAACUACGUAAAUAUAUGAAGAUAUGAAAACAUGUUACGUAUGAACAUAUGUGUAUGAUGCCUGACUGACACACUUGACAAAUAAAUCAUAUGACAAGGUGUUGCAAACACUUUUGAAUAUCUUUGAAUUUCGAACUACGUAAAUAUAUGAAGAUAUGUAAACAUGUUACAUAUGAACAUAUGUGUAUGAUGCUUGACUGACACACUCGACAAAUAAAUCAUAUGACAAGGUGUUGCUAACAUUUUUGAAUAUCUUCGAAUUUCGAACUACGUAAAUAUAUGAAGAUAUGAAAACAUGUUACGUAUGAACAUAUGUGUAUGAUGCCUGACUGACACACUUGACAAAUAAAUCAUAUGACAAGGUGUUGCAAACACUUUUGAAUAUCUUUGAAUUUCGAACUACGUAAAUAUAUGAAGAUAUGUAAACAUGUUACAUAUGAACAUAUGUGUAUGAUGCUUGACUGACACACUCGACAAAUAAAUCGUAUGACAAGGUGUUGCUAACACUUUUGAAUAUCUUCGAAUUUCGAACUACGUAAAUAUAUGAAGAUACGAAAACAAGUCACAUAUGAACAUAUGUAAAUAUGUUGAGAAUAACACAUAUCAAGGUAAUUGUGUUCUGCAUAAUUAUCGACAUAUCUCGUGUUCUCGUAUCACGGUCAGUCAA